CCUUCCGGAAGAAACUACAGCGGAAUGAAAUGAAGGUAACCGCUGAUUGAAAUGGCGUCAAUCACGAUACGGGGCUGUGCUCUCUGCACCGUGUCCCUGCUUAACUUUGCGUUUGUUUUCAUAUCCGGUGCAGACUUCAUUCAUUUCAUAUCAUUUAGAGCCAUUUACCACAACAUCACCGGGGAGACGACACUCUGUCAAGACUCCAUACCGUGGUCUGUGGCUCUGCAGGACAGCUCCGUCCUCAGGUCUCUUGUUGUGGAUCUGGGACUGCUGGCUCUCUUCACUACCCAGCACAGCCUGCUUGCCUGGUCCCCUGUCAAACAGGGACUCCAGUCAGUGCUGGGAGCCCUGAACAGGACAGCUUACUGCUUCACCACUGCGCUGGCCCUCCAGAUCUUGAUGCGUUGCUGGCAGCCGGUGACCGGCGCCCCCUGUCUGUGGUCAGUGCGUCAUGCACCGUGGAGUAUCUGGUUCCCUCUGCUAUGCUUCUCUCUGCACUUCCUCUGCUGGGCUAUCAUCUGCAGCAUCCUCAUGAUCUUUGAUUACCCGGAACUAAUGGGCAUCAAGCAGGUGUAUUACGAGUGUCUCGGUUUAGGUGACCCCCUGUCUCACAAGUCACCUCAUGCCCAGCGCCUCCUGUCCCACCUGCGCCACCCGGUGUGCCUCGAGCUGGCCGUCGUGUUGUGGCUCCUGCCGGCCUUGACCCUGGACAGACUCCUGCUGGCGGGAACUCUGUCGACCUACCUGGCCCUGGCACACUCUCUGGACAAACAGGAUUUAGCCUACCUCUGCGUCCAGCUUAAAGGCAAGAUGCAGCUCUUGACCGAGUGAAGCGAACGUCCUCUUACUGCUGUAAUGUGAAACUGCCUUAAUAUGAAAUAAUGUGCUAAAAUCAGACCUCUCAGUGAGCUGGGUUACCUGCUGUGCUGAAUAAGAACAAAACAAACACGUUCAAACUGAUUUUUAUUUUUUGCACCUUGACACUGUAUUUUUAUUUUCACUGCAAGAGACAUUUUAUUCCACUGUUUGAAAACCCCAAAAUCUCCUCGUACUGAUCAGGAUGUUUUGGUGUUUUCAAAACGCGGGUGGCAUCAAAUUGUAUGUUUAUCAUAGUUUAUUUAUAGGCUGUUACCUUCCAUGUGAGAACUGCCGUAUUUCUCGUCACACUACUUUCAGAUUUAACUGUCAUACUGGGAUUUUUCACACUGACAAAAGGGGGGGGAUACACCUUUGUUUUUCACCUUUGUUGCAGCUAUAAUGAAAAACAAGUCUCGCUGACAUUUCUGCAUCACCUGCUUUGCAUUGUGCUUGGGACACGUCAGCAUGAAUGUGAGAUUCUUAAGAAUCUUUUUAAAAAAAUUGGUAACAGCUGAGAAAGCAGUGUUCCUACAUAUGAACUUCAAAGUACUGUAAUUUAACAUGUGUUGUACGCAGUGGCGGGCCGUGCAUUUGGUACCUGGGCCUUCAGUGUGGACAUACCUGACUUAAUCCACCUCUUAAUACACUAUCAUGUCGCAAUUAUAUAUAUAUAAAAAAAAAACAUUGAUACGAUCCAAAAACGCAAUAUGACAAGACGUGACUA